AUGGUACAUUUUUCUCAAUCAAUCUUACCUGAUAUUCCAUUGGCAACAUCAUUACCGACAACAUUUACAUUUCAUCCAAAUAAUCAAAUGGAUGAACAACAAAUUUUAGAACAACAACACCAACAACAACAAUCUCUUCCAUCAUCCUCUCAAUCUCAAUUAAAUUCAUCACUAUCAAAUCAACAACAACAACAACUACAACAACAACAACAACAUCAAUCAUCAUCAUCAAAUGAUGAUGGAAAUUCAAAUCCAAAUCAUCAAACACAUACGAAUGAUUAUGAAACUCGUUUAAGGUGUCCAAAUUGCGAAACAUGGGUAGUUAAUCUAAGUGAUCAUCUACGAAAAACGCAUCGGAUAGCAUCACCAGUUGAUCGAAAACCAUUAUUACGUAUGGCACGUCUUGAAAAACGUCGUAUGGCUGAAUCCGCAAAUCAUUCGUCGCCUUCAACAACAACUACAACACUUUUAAAAACAUCACAUCCAUCAUUAUCAUCAACACUUGUUGUUAAUGGUCUAUCAUCAUCACAACAUACAAAUACAAAUGAAAUAGAAAAUUUACUUUUUAAACAUGAACAUGAUCCAAAUACUUUACCAAAUCAACAAUUUUCUGUAACAAUACCAGAAAAUAUUUUACUUAAUCAACAAUUAACAAAUUCUAUUGCUCAUUAUACAUCAUCAAUAAAACGUGAACGUAGUUUAGAUGAACAUUUAGAACAUACAACAAAUGAAAUAUUAUCACCACAUAAAAAAUCUCGAAUAGGUAUGAUUGAUGGUACAAAAUUAUCUCAAACAAUACAAUCAUCAUCAAAUAAAUCAAGUAAAAAAAAUCGAAAUAAACAAGACCAACAACAACAACAACUACAAUCAAAUCAAACUAUUAUAAAAACUGCAGCAUCUGGGAUCUUCCCUCAGCAACAACAACAACAACAACAGCAGCAACAAUUACAACAAGCUGUUACUUUACAAAAUAUUGAUGAAAGUUCGGAUGAUCUUUCAAAAGUAUUACAAAUGAUGGGUAAUGAAAUGAAUUUUCUUAAUCAACAUUUACAAACAACAUCUAUUUUAUUACAAAAACAACUUGAUUUAGCACGUGAUAGUUUACAUGCAUGUUCUGUUCAAUUUGCACAUUUAAAGAGAAUGAUUCAACAACAAAUAUGA